GCCUGAGAAGGCAGUGAUGGCGGCGGUGAGAGGUGAGGGUAGUGUGAAGAUCAGUCAGACCUAGAGUGACGGUGACUGUCACGCCCUGUUUACGGGAACGAGUGUUUCCGCUGAAGUGUGCUGUGCAGCACUAUGCCUGGGGGAAGGUUGGAUCGGAGAGUGAGGUGGCAAAACUAAUUUCAAGUAAUGACCCUUCGAUAGUCAUUGAACAAGACAAACCCUAUGCUGAGUUAUGGAUGGGAGCACAUCCCAAAGGGGAUGCAGUCAUUUGCAACAACAGAAUUUCCCAGAAGACUCUUGGCCAGUGGAUUUCGGAGCAUCCUGAUUCUCUGGGGUCAAAAGUAAAGGAUGUUUUCCAAGGACAAUUGCCUUUUUUGUUCAAGGUGCUUUCGGUGAACAUCUCAUUAUCUAUUCAAGCUCAUCCGAACAAAGAACUAGCUGCACAGCUCCAUGCUCAAUUUCCAGAUCGAUAUCCUGAUAAAAAUCACAAACCAGAAAUGGCUAUUGCACUGACUCCAUUUGAAGGACUGUGUGGAUUCAGACCAGUGGAGGAAAUUAUUGGAUUUUUGAAAAAUGUCCCAGAAUUUCACGCAGUGAUAGGCAAUGAAGCUGCAGAAGUGCUUGAAAACAGUUCCAGUGACCCACACCGGGUAUCUGAUGCUUUGAAGAAAUGCUUUACUAGAAUGAUGAACUGUGAAAAGAAGACGUUUGUUGAUCAGCUGAAUGUGUUGGUGAAGAGGGUGUUGGAAGAAGCUGCUGCAGGUAAGGACACAGCAGGAAGUAAUGGUGAGCUGUUGCUGCGGUUGCAUUCCCAAUUUCCAGGUGACGUUGGAUGUUUUGUCAUCUACUUUCUGAAUCUGGUGAAGCUACAACCAGGGGAAGCCAUGUUUUUGGGAGCUAAUGAACCCCACGCCUAUCUUUAUGGAGACUGCAUAGAAUGCAUGGCAUGUUCUGAUAAUACAGUGCGAGCUGGCCUUACUCCAAAGUUCAUUGAUGUUCACACCCUUUGCGAAAUGCUCAACUACAUACCUGCACCAGCAAGUGAAAAAAUCUUCCCGUUUACCCAGGAUCCCUGUGACCCAAGGGUUUUCAUAUACGAUCCUCCAGUGCCUGAUUUCACAGUAAUAAAAAUAGAGGUUCCGAGUUUGGUGAAACAAUACACAAUCUCUUCCAUUGAUUCUGCAAGCAUCCUUCUUGUGAUCAGGGGAGAAGCGUCAGCCGUUGCUAAUCCAUCUCAGAUAAACGUCCAACGAGGCUCUGUGCUGUUCAUUGCAGCCAACGAGAAAGUAGACCUGUGCAUCAACUCAAUGGAUGGAAUGCUGCUUUUCAGAGCUUGCUGUGUACUGUAGCAUCUCAACUUUUACUUUAUGUCCUUAGGAUUAUAAAGAAAUUAAGUAUAGUGGCACUGUAGGCUGUGGGAUACAUUGUUUGACCCUUGUGAAAAAUUAGCUUUUUGCCAGUGUUAUGCAAGAUUCAGAACUUUGCCCCCUUUUAAUUGACUGUUAGCCAAUUUUCUGUUAGACUAUCCAUUUGAUCCCUUUAUUGAUUGAUUGUUUCAUUUCAGUUUUAUGUACAUGAGCUUUAUAGCACAAUAUUAACAAAUUUGUUUCAGUUCUGAACUGUUUAGCUCUUGCUCCUUGGCUCCAAGAACUUCCUGUGUUCCUUAAGUAAUCAUUAUCAAUAUAAUAUAUCACAUAGAUACAUUUGAUUCCUAUAACUUCUCCAUAAAUCUCAAAUGGGCAGCUUCUGGGUAGUGGAAAGCAAGUUUGCAGCUUUGAACUUUGAACAAUGAACUUUGCAGCUUUGGAUUCUGGAGCCAAAGUUUUUGCAUUAUUGUUGCACAACACUGGAGAUGUUCUUUAGCAGGUUGUUCAUGUACUGAUGUAUCUUUAGUACAGACCAAACUUUAGGUCAUUGUCUGGCUCCUUUCUUUCCACAAAUGUAGGGCACGUCCCAUCAGACCAAUGCAAUGCACACAAGAUGCUGGCAGAAUGAAGGGUCUCAGCCUGAAACGUUGACUGUUUGUUCCCCUCCAUAGAUGCUGCUUGACCUACUGAUUUCCUCCAGUAUUUUGUGCGUGUUGCUCUGGACUUCCAGCAUCCAUACAAUCUCUUGUGCACCAUCAGGCUAAUUACUUCUCAUCAGUCUGGCUUUGGUGAUGGAUGGUACAGUCUUUGAUAUAAUUUUGGUUCUCAUCAAGAACCUGCUGAUUAGGGAGGGUGAAUAGGUGAAUCCCAGAGCUGAGAGUGGCAUUGCAAUUGAAAUCAGAGAAGCACCUGACAAAGUUUAGCUGAAUUAACUUAGAAGCUGGGUGUGUGAGGGUGUGGAUGAGGCAAGUCUCAUCUAGCACAAAGGGACAUGACUGUAGUUGUUGGUCAAUCAUCAGCGAAUAAGGAACUAAUUUGCCAAUAGUGCCCACAUUGUGCUAAUUUAAAAUUAAAACACUGCCAAACUAGUAUUUAGUUUUUCAGCUGGUUGUUGGUUGAUCAUGAGUGAGUAAGGAAAUCAGUUAUUACUGAUGCCCACAUUGUGUAAAUUUUUAUUUUAAACACUUUCAACCCAGUACAUACAGCUUUUCAGCUUGUUGAUAGCAUCAGAGCUAUUCUCUGGGUGACCAUUGCAGAUAUGUACCUAAUUAAAUGACAUUGAAGGCACACUGUCUUGCACUCCAUUCCCUAAUAAUAUUUAUAUAAUGAGCGUUUACCUCAGAUCUGAAACAUGUUGGGCUUCUGCAAUAUGCAACUUCUCUGUACCGUCUGAAAACGAGAGAGGAAGCAAUGUUUUCACAAAUAUGUACAUGGUAGAAUGUGUAAAAUAUUUGUAUUGUCUGUCUUCCACUAACAACUGGCAUGUUGCUAUUUAAAGGCUGUCAUACUGUAGUAUUCCAGCUUGUAUUGAGUGAGCUGAUGCUACUAAAUUUGUAAUGACUGAAAUGUGAAAUAACACAAAAAAAUGUGCAAGUGUCACAUAGAAAGAAACUGGGAUAGUUGGUCAGUUGGCAAGUAUCUAUGGAGUGAAAAGCAGAGUCAGUGUUUCAAGUCAAUAAUCAGAACCUUAAGUAGGAGUGGGGGUUCUGAGGCUUCGGUGGGAAAUGUGGAGAAACACCUGACUGAGCUUACCAAAGGCCAGAAGUGCUGCUUCUGUGAUUAGAACCAGAAUCCUGGAUUCUGGAAUCCUUUUGGUUGAUACAGUACAUUAUGUUUUCUUGCAAGAACUUGUUGGUACGUAAGUACACUGUGUCAGCAGGAGGGCAUUCUAUCAAUCUGGGCCUAUAAGUGGCUUGAAGGGGCUUCCUUGUUCAAAUGUUUGUAUGUAUGCAAGAAAAUUCUUGUCAUGGACCAUUUUUUUAUCUCCCACAUUGUAACCACAUUACUAAUUUGUGGAAACUUGAUGUAUGUAAAUUGACUGAUGUCUUCUGUAUUGUGUUUGUGUCUCCAUGGGUUAUAAAACUGGCACUCCUGAACUACAUCUAGUUUAUUCCCAAUGUGGUAGUAUAAUGACCAUGAUCUAAAGUAAAUAGUCCAGACAAAAUAACUAGAUUAAAAAUUGCCAUUAGUUAAAAUGGCCAAAAUGUUUUGUCUCUUCAAAGUCCAACUGAUUAAUGAAUGGAAACGUGUCAUGCUGAACUUGUCUGAGAUUCCAGACCUACACCAACUUGUUGCCACGCAAAACCAUCCACUAUUAAACCUACUCUCAGCAUCUUGGGAAUACAUAAGGUUCUCCACAACCUCUGACUGAAUUUAAAAAAAAUUGUUGAAGAUAAGAAUCACAAGGAUGAUCAAACUUGUUUACCUUUUAGCCUCUUGAAACGAUGUGGACAUGAUCCAUGUAUUUGGGGUCCAGAUCUGGUUAGUUUUACUGUCAUUUCCUCCACAUUUAUGUCAAUCGCCUGAAGGGACUGACAUCAAUCUGGACUAACCGUAGAUUGAAUUGAAUUGGUUUGUAAUUGUCACAUGUACUGUAAUAUAGAUGUGUUAGUUGCAUCAGAAUUUUUCUUUGCUAUUUAACUUUUGUAUUUUUAUGAAUUAUUUAGUGAUAAUUGUAGUUUGGUGUAUGUUAGUAUGGAAUGAUCAUUUGUACUGUAACAAAAUAUGUUUGAUUAUUUUUGGGUUCCUACAUAAAGAGAGGGAUAAAUUUGAUUGAUGGUAGAGAGGAAAGAAUGCACAUGUUCUUGCACAGGUUAUGAUAAAAUAUGUAAUGAUUUUUUCAUAUCAAGACUGAGUAUGAAAAGGUAUAUUAAGAGCAAAUGUUAACUCAUUUAAUGUGCACUCAAAAUAAACAUCUGAAAAAUG